UGUUCAUUUGUUUUGACAAUUACCGAUGAGAGACCCACAUGUUGUUUAACAGAUGCGAAUCUGUGUUGAAAAGGGACCACAGAAGCCUCUCGACCUCGAGAGCGUGGUUCAUCGAUAGAGCCCGUCAGGCUCGGGAGGAAAGGCUGGUGCAGAAGGAGCGGGAGCGGGCGGCCGUCGAGAUCCAGGCCCAUGUUCGCAGUUUCCUGUGUCGGAGGCGACUGCAGAGAGAGAUCCGGAGAGAGAUCGAUGAGUUUUUUAAAGCCGAUGACGUGGACUCCAGUAAAAGAAGCGCACUUGGUAUUUUUAAGAUUGCCAGGAAACUGCUGUUCUUGUUCAGAAUUAAAGAGGAUAAUGAGAGAUUUGAGAAGUUGUGUCGCUGCAUCCUGAGCAGCAUGGAUGCUGAGAACGAACCCAAGGUGUGGUAUGUGUCCUUGGCUCUUUCCAAGGAUCUCACCCUCCUGUGGAUUAAACAGAUCAAACACAUUCUUUGGUGUUGCUGUGAGUUUCUUGAGCAGCUCAAGCCUGAAAUCUUACAGGACUCCAGACUCAUCACGCUGUACCUCACGAUGCUUGUCACCUUCACAGACACUUCAACAUGGAAAAUCCUCCGCGGAAAAGGGGAGAGUCUUCGACCAGCCAUGAACCACAUCUGUGCAAAUAUAAUGGGACAUCUCAACCAGCAUGGAUUCUAUCCUGUGCUGCAGAUGCUGUUAACCCGUGGCCUGGCAAGACCCCGGCCUUGUCUGUCCAAAAGCACUUUAACUGCGACCUUUUCUCUCGCGCUGCGCCCUGUGAUUGCUGCACAAUUUUCAGACAGUCUGCUUCGGCCAUUCCUCAUCCACAUCAUGUCUGUGCCUGCUCUCGUGACUCACCUCAGCACAGUGACCCCUGAGCGCCUCACCGUUUUAGAAUCUCAUGACAUGCUUCGUAAAUUCAUCACAUUUUUAAGAAACGAAGAUCGAUGCCGUGACGUAUGUGAAAGCUUAGAAGGAUGCCAUACGCUUUGUCUAAUGGGCAACCUUCUGCAGUUGGGCUCCCUCAGCCCCAAGGUGUUAGAGGAAGAGACGGAUGGGUUCGUGAGUUUGCUCACCCAGAUGCUGUGCUACUGUCAGAAGUACGUGUCCCAGAAGAAAUCCAACCUGACGCACUGGCACCCCGUCCUCGGCUGGUUCUCCCAAUCUGUGGACUAUGGCCUUAAUGAGUCCAUGCCCUUGAUCACCAAACAGCUGCAGUUCCUGUGGGGGGUGCCUCUGAUCCGGAUCUUCUUCAGUGACAUCCUGAACAAGAAGCUUCUGGAGAACCAGGAGCCAGCCCACGCGCAGCCGGCAUCCCCCCAGAACGUGCUUCCCGUGAAGAACCUCCUGAAGCGCGCGUUUCAGAAGUCCGCAUCAGUUCGGAAUAUUCUCAGGCCUGUUGGGGGUAAGCGUGUGGACUCUGCGGAGGUCCAGAAGGUCUGCAACAUCUGCGUCCUCUACCAGACCUCGCUGACGACUCUGACCCAGAUCCGGCUGCAGAUACUCACAGGACUCACUUACCUUGAUGACCUGCUCCCCAAACUGUGGGCGUUUAUCUGUGAGCUGGGGCCCCACGGAGGGUUAAAGCUCUUCUCGGAGUGCCUCAACAAUGACACCGAAGAGUCCAAGCAGCUCUUGGCCAUGCUGACGCUGUUCUGUGACUGCUCCCGGCACCUCGUCACGAUCCUUGACGACAUCGAAGUUUACGAAGAACAAAUUUCAUUCAAACUGGAAGAGCUGGUCACCAUCUCCUCUUUCCUGAACUCCUUUGUGUUUAAGAUGAUCUGGGAUGGGAUCGUAGAGAACGCCAAGGGGGACACCUUGGAGCUGUUCCAUUCUGUCCACGGCUGGCUGAUGGUGCUGUACGAGAGGGACUGCCGGCGGCGCUUUGCCCCCGAGGACCACUGGCUGCGAAAGGACCUCAAACCUAGCGUGCUCUUCCAAGAACUGGACAAGGACAGAAGACGGGCGCAGCUGAUCCUGCAGUACGUCCCUCAUGUCGUUCCCCACAAAAACAGAGUUCUCCUGUUCCGAAACAUGGUUACCAAGGAGAAGGAGAAACUGGGGCUCGUGGAAACCAGCUCAGCCUCUCCCCACGUCACCCAUAUCACAAUCCGACGGUCCCGCAUGUUGGAGGAUGGCUACGAGCAGCUCCGGCAGCUGUCCCAGCACGCCAUGAAGGGCGUGAUCCGUGUGAAGUUCGUCAAUGACCUCGGGGUGGACGAGGCCGGCAUUGACCAGGACGGUGUUUUCAAGGAGUUCCUGGAGGAAAUCAUCAAGAGGGUGUUCGACCCGGCACUCAAUCUGUUCAAGACAACCAGCGGGGACGAGAGGCUGUACCCUUCACCCACGUCCUACAUUCAUGAGAACUAUCUACAGCUCUUCGAGUUUGUGGGCAAGAUGCUGGGGAAGGCUGUGUAUGAGGGAAUUGUGGUGGACGUGCCCUUCGCCUCCUUCUUCCUGAGCCAGCUGCUCGGGCACCACCACAGUGUCUUCUAUAGCUCCGUGGACGAGCUUCCUUCACUGGACUCAGAGUUCUACAAAAACCUCACUUCUAUUAAGCGUUACGAAGGGGACAUCGCUGACCUGGGCCUGACUCUGUCGUACGAUGAGGACGUCAUGGGUCAGCUCGUUUGCCAUGAACUGACUCCUGGAGGGAAGACCACGCCAGUUACGAAUGCAAAUAAGAUUAGCUACAUCCAUCUGAUGGCCCACUUUCGAAUGCACACUCAGAUCAAAAACCAGACAGCUGCCCUCAUUAGCGGGUUCCGUUCCAUUAUCAAGCCCGAGUGGAUCCGGAUGUUCUCGACCCCCGAGCUACAGCGUCUCAUCUCCGGUGACAAUGCUGAGAUUGACCUGGAAGAUUUAAAGAAGCACACGGUGUACUACGGUGGGUUUCACGGAAGUCACAGGGUCAUCAUCUGGCUCUGGGAUAUUCUGGCCUCUGACUUCACACCUGACGAGAGAGCCAUGUUUCUGAAGUUUGUGACCAGCUGCUCCAGGCCCCCGCUCCUGGGAUUCGCCUACCUCAAGCCUCCUUUUUCCAUCCGCUGUGUUGAAGUGUCAGACGAUCAGGACACCGGGGACACCCUCGGCAGUGUCCUCCGGGGCUUCUUCACCAUCCGCAAGCGGGAGCCAGGCGGCCGCCUGCCCACAUCCUCCACCUGCUUCAACCUGCUCAAGCUGCCCAACUACAGCAGGAAGAGCGUGCUCCGCGAGAAGCUGCGCUAUGCCGUCAGCAUGAACACGGGCUUCGAGCUCUCCUAGCUCCCGCGCCCGCCCCCACCCUGGCCGACUCCCGGCGUCCCGGGCCCUUCGGCUCCGGGGGUAGUGGCGCCCUGGGAAAGUGACCACAAGCCAGGUGACCUCUCGCUCUCUAUAGCCAUGAGACUCCCCUGUGGCCUCAACAACUUGGGACGCACGUGACAACUCCACAGCAUUCCCUAGGUGACACUGAUGGGAAGGGCGUUGAGAAUAAACCUCCAAGUUCCGCCAGCGCUGCUCCUUUUCUCCUACUUUCCGGGGGCCUGUGACGCAGAGGGCCUUCUUCUGAUGGUUCGGUUUCUCGGUGAGUCUUUUCUUUCCCUAACUCUGAGCUGCGUAUGAACAAGUCCCAAGAACUCCCAGGGUCCAGAGUGUUUUUCAUGACACGGGCCCGAGUGCGCAAAGCCCACUACAGGUGAGACGCUCUCCUUCCGUUUCCGAAAACUCUUUACUCAGGUAAGGCCUCGCCAAGCCUCUAUGCACUCGACAAAGUCUCUGCCCCUCCGGGCCACAGCAGCCUCUCUCCAGACCGCCAGGCUCACCUGCUGCCCAGGGAAGCAGAGGUGCCCGCCAGGAAGGCCGUGGAGCCCAGGAAGUUCAGGGCGCUGCCCCCACCUCGAAACCACGCAUUCCACACAGCGGCAGUGCCCCUUCCCCUGUCUCGCCUCAGAUGCUGUGCGCACUCAGCAGGCUGAGUGGCCAGAGGCUUCCACUGGCUUGACCCCAUCUUGUGCACUCACUUUGGCAUCUGGCUUUGGGGGGAAAAAAUCCCUUGGCCCUUAAGAGCAACUCUGUUUCCAGAAGGCUCUGGCUGUUCCCCCAAACCUGCUGAUUCCUAAGAGGGUGGCUGCCUUCUCCCCGCUGGUGUGCCCUACUUGUCUAGUAAGGAACAAGCACUAGCCAAGUUACCCAGCCUGUCCGGGCAGUGACUUUCCUCCAUUGAUGAUAAAGUUGCAAAACAAACAAACAAAAAACCCUUGGAUCUUACCGCUCAUCCAUCCUCAACGCAGGGAACCGGGAGCCCUUUCCCUGAUGGAGGCUCAAAGGGCUGAGGAAACUCUGAGUUGGGGUUUGGGGUUUUGUUUUUUUUACUUCAUUUUCUCUUCCAACCCAUUAUGCCCCCUCCCCCCGCCCUCAUUCCCACCCCUUGUCCUGAGAACUUUAGUCUAGAUCCAGGGACUUGAGACGGAGGCCGUGUCUGUGGCCUGUGUUGACAGCCAUCCACCCUCACCCACCCCGUCAAGCUCCUUACGCAUCCCUACCACCAAGGUAGAAGCCGGGAGUGCCUGGACCCUCCUCUGCUCUGUGGAGCCGGCUGAGGGCUGACAGCUCUCUUCCAAGCAGCAGAGCACCUUCCGGCAUGCUGGUGGCAAAGCGGGCAAGACCUGUCUCCAUGGCCUCCAUCAGAGGGUCACAGCUGGGUACCACGUCCUGCUCGGGUUCGACCCUGGCUCUGUUAGAGCCCCUGCACUUCUGGAGAACAGAGUUUUCCUUUGAUGGAAAGACGGCAAGGAAUCUAAAGACAGACAGGAAUUUGUUAUUUAAGAUUUGUUAGUAACCUCUAGAUCUAUGGAUUUGCCACUUUAAAUAACCCGACUCUCCCAAAGCUCUCCUCGGAAUGCGUGCAGGUGCACUGAGCAGGUUUGUACGUUUAUGCUGCGGCCCAGAUUGUCCACCUGCACAAAGACGUGUGAUUCCCCCUCAGCUUUUAUUACCUGAGAAUCCGCCAGUGUGGGACUGGGGAGAGAGUGGUUUCCAAGCACCAACGUCAACUUUAUUUGUUCUUUUGAUGAGGAGGGGUAGUUUGUGAUUUCGUUUAAAUUCUCUUCAACAGCUGGAAAUAUUGCACUAUCUAAAACCCUGCAUCUGUACGUUUAUGGCUGGUGUUCGUGGACACCUCGAUGGCUCUUGAUGGCUCUAAAAAGUUGUGGCAUUUUUUUGUCAUUGUUGUUUCAUAGAUAACCUAGAGAUUAAAACGUGAUCAAAGGCUUUAUUAAAUUUGUACUUCGGCACAUGAUGGCUGUGUUCUGCUUUUUAUCUGAAGGAGCGCUUUUCGACCACGUGUGUGGAUAGCUCACGAUGGGGCGCCUGGAGCUUAAAGGGCACGUGGGCUCCUGCAGCGGAAAGAAGGUACAAAGGAAAAUGUAACAGACUCCCCAGUCUCACCCACUAAGCAGAGUCAGUAGCGGCUGACAGUGUCCUGUUUGCUUCCACUUCUGUUUUGAGAAGUAGCACACUUCAGGUAAAGCGAAGGUCGUCUUCAGCACCGCCCGGGCCCUUGCCCUCUCACCCACCUCCCAGAGGCAGCCGUCGCCCUGGAGUACAUGUCUUACACACAAAUGGCUAGAAGCGAUAGAUGUAUGUCCGUUGAAAACAAUCCACAUAAAUUCACGAGCGUGUGAGGGCAAACUUUACAGCUACGUCUGGGUCCAUUCAGCUUUGCCCCCACGCUGAGGAUCAUCCCUGCAGGAUAUACAGCCGUGUCCCAUUCUGUUCAGCCCAGAUUUAUACUCCGCAGGAAACCCAUGUCAAACCUGCCCGUUUUUCCAUGGUGCCUCCAGCCUCCUGUGAGUUCUCCCUGCCUGGAGCAGGGAGCCCUUGGAGGGUCUGAGCGGGAGGCUGGCCCCCUGAAAUCCAGGGACUCAGGAGAGAUGUCUUGAAAGCCUGGCAGCUCUUUUACAACAGUCAGAACGCCUGGGCACCCAAGAGAAAUCCACGCGUGCUGGCUUUUCUCGCCUGGAGCAUUUGUACCACCGGAGGGAAAGAAUCCUGCCAAGCUCCCUAAACAACAUCAGUAGGGUCCAGCGUGAGACACCCAGAGCCUCAUUCUGUGCCAAAACAUGACUUUUUUUUUUUUGAGAGUGUAGGAGCGGGAGAGAGGGGCAGAGGGAGAGAAAGAAUCCCACGCAGGCUCCACACUCAGCAGAGAGCCCGACGUGGGGCCCGAUCCCACGACCCCGGGACCACGACUUGAGCUAAAAUCGAGAGUCGGCCGCUCCACCGACUGAGCCACCCAGGAGCCCUUAGAUGAAGACGAUUUUAAUAACACGGCCAGAACUUGCAAGUGCCUGAGAAUAUUUACAUGGAACGCUGGUCUCCGCAGCAUUUCUGACCUAGCAGAGCCAUGAGCCUAUCUUUGUCCCGUUAACUUAGCAGAUGUCACACUACGAAAAGUGACAGGGUCGCGAACAGACAGGUUAUCUCUGAGGUUGGUUAACAUGUAGAUCCAGGGCUCCCUGAGGCCCCAGACUUAUUUCCUGGAAAGCUCGUAGGCUGAUCAGAGCAGCUGCAGAACUGUGGAAAGUGGUUGGUUUGGAGCACCGUUUCAAGAAGCAGAGCGCAGGCUCGGGACCACGGAGACGCGUGCCAACCCUGACUUCUUGCUCCAUCCCAGGCUGGCCUCUGUGUGCACCUCUUCAGAGUCUCCUGUCCCCUUCAGGGGGCGUGGGGCUUAAAUGAAGCAGCACGAGGCCCGCAGCCCGCUCAGUUCCUGGCACCGAGUCCGCACUCAGAUGUUAGUCCUAUUCCUACAUUUGCCCACCUUGGCACUAGAAGGAAAGGGGACUGCCCGUGACUUGUCACUUAGGCCCCAACCCGACUUCCGGGAGCUUCCGCUGCCACCGACCGACACAGCAGGGCAGUGAGAAAUCAUAUGGAGAAGUCUCGUCCGCAAUCUCCCUCUGGAACUUCUUCAGGAAUGGGGGGCAGGUGCACUCACGGAGGCCCAGACAGGAUCCAAGGGUCUCUCCAGUGUUCGGAGUCGCAAGGAAGUCGCUCACUCACUGUAAUCGUCAGGAGAACUAACCUUUGUUGCAAGCACGUGCUUGGAUCGUGACUUGACUCCGGAGUCCGAGCUGAGCGAGUGCACUGGACAGAGCAAGGGAUUUGGAGCCUCUGGAACCGGGUUCGCAUCCUGGCUCUGCUGUCCACUCGCCCUGAGGCCAGGGACAAGACCCUCGGCGUCUCUGGGCUGCGCUUCCCUCUUCCAUAGAAUGGGCCUAGCAGCAGCCCGCACGUAGUGUGGCCCGAAAAGCCCCAGCCUGUGCCGGGCCCUCUGUGGACAGUGAUACGGUGAUUCACCGCUGGUGUAACUGUCCUCGUUAUUUUAUUCCAGAGACCUAGUUGACGCCCUCUCUGGAGUUCUGUCUUUCACACUCCGUGUGAGGAGGCAUCCAUAGGUGUCAGCGGGACGUGCCGAGGGGCUUCUGCCGGGCUUCACCCUCAGCCUCCGGUUUUUGGCUCCUUUGCCCGAGCCUUCGCUGUGUCCUGAGCCUUCUGCCAGAUGGGCCCAGCAGCCGCAUCCCCUUCGUGGCUUUCCCGGCCCUC